CAGUGUCUUCAGGCUGCCCAUGCUGCAGCCAGAUCCAGCAGGCAUGCUCACCUUCUUCCUAGUGUCUGGUGGCUCCAUCUGGCUGUUUAUGGGUGAGUGUCCAAACCGCAGAGGUAAUGGAGGAACACCUUCAACAGGCGAGACUGAGGGAGACCCGCAUCAGAAUAUCCCUUAGCCCUGUUCAAAUCUUUUCUCCCUCUCAGGCAGAACAGGCACUUAAACUGGGGAUCCCCCACAUCCCAGGGUAGUGUAUCUGCCCCUGUUGUAAGAGGGGAAGAAUUGCUCAUGCGUGAGAUUCCACCCCAAGACAAGGAAGAACAAGAAACCCGAACAUGAGGUGGAUGCUUUCAGAGACACCAGCACUGGAAAAGAGUCAGAAGCCUCCUCAAUAGGCAUCUUAUUGAAUAUGUCCAGAGCUCUUCCAGUCAAUUUUGCGACCAACGUGGUCAUCUUGUGAUCUUCAGGAAUUUGAUGGAGUGUGCACAGUCUCUCAAAGAAUUUGCCCUUUCAAUCUUUGAAAAGAUGCAAGCACAGGAAAUCUUGAGGAGCCUGCGGCUGCCCGAGUUUGACAGCUUCAGCCAGUUUUUCCACAGCUUGCCAGCUACCACCUUAGUUGGCAUUGGUGCCUUUGCAGCUAUGAUCACAUACUGGUUUGCUAGCCGGCCAAAGGCUUUGAAGCCCCCAUGUGACCUCUUGAUGCAGACAGAAGAAGUUGCGGGCUGGGAUGGAGCUCGGCGGUCCGUGAUAGGUGACAGCCCAGAAUUAUUAUCUAACUACUAUGAUGAUGUAAGGACAAUGUAUGAAGUAUUUAGAAGGGGAUUUAACAUAUCUGAGAAUGGCCCCUGUCUAGGAUUCAGAAAGCCCAAGCAGCCUUACCAAUGGUUGUCGUAUAAAGAGGUCUUUGAAAGAGCAGAAGCUUUAGGAUCAGGGUUACUCCAACAGGGAUGUAAACAAACAACAAGUCAGUUUAUUGGGAUCUUUGCACAAAAUCGUCCAGAGUGGAUCAUUUCUGAGCUGGGUUGUUAUACCUAUUCUAUGGUGGUGGUCCCCCUGUAUGACACAUUGGGCCAUGGAGCCAUUCGUUACAUUAUCAACACAGCUGAUAUUUCCACAGUAAUCUGUGACAAACCAGAAAAAGCCAGAAUCCUCCUGGAUCACGUGGAGAAAAGAGAAAUGCCAAGCUUAAAGUCUAUUAUUCUGAUGGACCCUUUUGAGAAGGACCUAGAGGAAAGAGGGCAAAGAUGUGGUGUUCAGGUCCAAUCCAUGCAGGAAGUAGAGGCUUGUGGCCGUGAGAGUCGGCGUGUCCCUGUGCCUCCUCGACCAGAAGAUCUGUCAAUUGUCUGUUUUACUAGUGGCACUACAGGGAACCCCAAAGGUGCUAUGCUGACUCACAGGAAUAUGAUUGCUGAUUUGGCAGGCUUUCUGAAAGUGACAGAGAAAGUGAUCUUUCCGAGACAGGACGAUGUGCUCAUCUCCUUCCUGCCUCUGGCUCACAUGUUUGAAAGAGUUAUACAGUCUAUCAUAUAUUGCCAUGGGGGGCGAAUUGGAUUCUUUCAAGGAGAUAUCCGUCUCUUAUCGGAUGAUAUGAAAACAUUGCGUCCAACCGUUUUCCCUGUUGUACCUCGAUUAUUAAAUAGAAUGUAUGAUAAGAUCUUUAGCCAAGCAAAUACUCCAUUGAAACGUUGGCUUCUGGAAUUUGCUGCAGAACGUAAAAAGGCUGAAGUCCAAAGUGGAAUCAUUAGAAAUGACAGUUUAUGGGAUAAACUAUUUUUUAAUAAAAUCCAGGCAAGCCUUGGUGGGUGUGUUAGGAUGAUUAUAACGGGAGCUGCCCCUGCUUCUCCAACUGUUCUGGGGUUCCUUCGGGCAGCACUUGGAUGUCAGAUUUAUGAAGGUUACGGUCAAACAGAGUGCACAGCAGGAUGUACCUUUACCACUCCAGGUGACUGGACUUCAGGUCACGUAGGAGCUCCUCUGCCCUGCAAUUUAAUCAAACUGAUGGAUGUGGAAGAGAUGAAUUAUUUUGCUUUGAAAGGAGAAGGAGAGAUAUGUGUGAAAGGACCCAAUGUUUUCAAAGGUUAUCUAAAAGAUGACGAGAAGACAGCUGAAGCGCUGGAUAAAGAAGGCUGGCUUCAUACUGGAGACAUUGGGAAAUGGUUACCUAAUGGGACACUUAAAAUUAUUGAUCGGAAAAAGCAUAUAUUUAAACUUGCUCAGGGAGAAUAUAUUGCACCUGAAAAGAUUGAGAAUAUCUACAUCCGCAGUGAGCCUAUUGCCCAGAUAUAUGUGCAUGGAGACAGUUUACAGGCCUUCUUGGUGGGAAUUGUUGUACCUGAUUCUGAAGUCAUGCCAGGCUGGGCAAAGAAAAGAGGGUUUGAGGGAACAUAUGCAGAGCUCUGUAAAAAUACGGAGCUGACACAAGCAAUAAUGGAAGAUAUGGUGCGGCUAGGGAAGGAGGGUGGACUUCAUUCUUUUGAGCAGGUCAAAGCCAUUUACAUCCACUCUGAUCUAUUCUCAGUACAAAAUGGCUUGCUGACACCAACGCUAAAGGCUAGGAGACGAGAGCUAAGAGAUUACUUCAAAAAACAAAUAGAAGAGCUUUAUUCAAAUGUCUCCAUGUGAAGCGGCAGGAAAAUUCUUCUGAAUAAUGUACUUUGUAGCAAUAUUAAAGUACAUACUCAAAAGUACAGAGCCAGAAUGACACAGUUGAAAUGAACAAGCAUCUGCCCUUAUGUCUGAACCUUUUGUUGUUCCAAGGCCUCAUCACUGAUAUAACAGUAAAUUUCCUUUUUCAUCAGCUGUAGUACGCUAUAGGAGACUACUGAAAACUACGCUACAUAGCCAUAUAAAGAUACAUAAAUUCCAGCACAUCUUAAAGUAUAUCAUGGAAGGUUACAUUAUUAUUAAUGCCCCCAAACAGUAUUGAUUACACAUCAGGAAAAAGGUAUGUGAUAUAUCUGUUGAUAUGAUUGUAUAUAACAUUAUAGAUUAUGACUAAAAUCCUGGAUAAUUCAAUAUUGUGGUCUACCUCAAACAUUCAAAGGCUGAUAAUUAAAAUCAUAACUAAAUCUGUUUUCCCUAACCUAGAACUUCAAGUUAGAUCUUUGGUCGUUUUGUUUUGUUUUUUUUAAGUGACAGCUUUUAUACUCUGCAAGACAUAAAUUCCAUUGACUUUAUGUAAUCAUCAAAGACCUGACUAACAGAGAACAAGGAAUAAAUUUCCUGAUUUCAUUUGUAUGCAAUAUGCCCAUCAGCAUAUUAGGCGUAAUGGAAAAAGCCAGAUUAAUACCACUUCGUAAUUGCAAAAAUAUUUUAGGAAGUUAUGCAAUUCCCUGUAUUCCUUUUUUUCAAUGCAUCUGAACUCAGUUUAUAGCAUGGCAGAUAGAUCUUCCUUGAGAUGCUGACUCAGCACAGUAUGCCCAUGGGCUCACAAACGCACAAGCUGGGAAGAAUGUGGACGCAUUGGUGGCUCUGUGGCAGACUGAUCUACUCAUAAGGGUCAGCUUUCUGUGGGAGCUACAAAAUAAAAAGCUUCACAAGAGGAGCAGAACUAGUGUAAAUGAGCCCUCACCAUCCUAUACACUCCUGAUUCUUAAUUUAUUGCUUCACAUGAUGCUAGUGCUAUGCAGUCCAGCCGGAUUAAUGCCCUGGCACAGCUGCAGGCAGAGGAAUGGAGCUCUGGCUCAGUGUAUGAACCAUAAUUGUGAACAGUGUUCAGUAAAACAAAUUUACUUGCUAGAAAUGACGGCAUCAUAUCCCCAUUGCUGUAGCGCAAUGGUAAAGGGCCUCCCUUGUGUUGCUGGAGUGUUACUCCUGAGUACCCAUGUUGCUGAGGGGGAAGCUUCCUUGACGGUUUUCCUUCCCACCACCAUGGUGAGAUGGCAUGGUGGGAGGUAAGGUUACCACCUGGCUGGUAUUUGACCGGCCUGGCCAGUUUUUUUAUGGAUUUACCAGAAAAAUUCUUUAGUCUGCCAGGUUGUUUUUUUAAUGUGGGCCUAAGGAUUUGCAUUAUUAUCAUAAUACACUUGGAUAUCUAAUGUCAAAAGUCGGUGUCCAGUUAAAGAUGCUGCGGUGUUCCCACUUCUGCAGUUUAAGCGAUAACUGCUCAAAAGUGUUUGAAAAUACAGUAGCUGUCUGCCCACCAACAGGCAAGCGCAGCACGCAUGUGUGUGAGAGAGGGCUUGAGUCAUGCGAGAGUGAUAGUAUCAUGUGUUAUCUUUAGGGUGACCAUAUUUCCCAAGGGGAAAAUGGGACACCCCCAGCCGCUUACUCGAGCUGCCGCCCCUCCUGGCACGAGGCCGAUGCCGGUCACUGGAACCCUGCCACUCCCCCCUUCUCUCCCCAUGCAAGGCUGUUGCUGGUCACCUGAACCCUGCCCCCUCCACAAGGUUGUUGCCCGGUUGCUGGAACCCUCCCGGAUCCCUGCAUGCUGGAAUGCUUCCCUUCCCCCUCCCCAACUCUACCUCCCCCUUGCACGUGGCUGGCAUCUCUACUCGCCUCCACCGCAUGGUCCUCCACAUCGCAACCCGCUUUUCUGCAAAAGUGGGCAUUUGUCCUGAUUGCUCUUGCCAACUGAUUAAGUUGGCAAGAACAAACAGGACAAAUGCCCACUUUCGCGCAAAAAAAAAAAAAAAAAAAAAAAGUCAGGACGGUCAGGACAGGGCUUAAAAAAGAGACUGUCCUGGCCAAAAUGGAAGAAAAUGGAGAAAACCCCAGUUUUCUCUCUAGAUAUUAUAGGUGGCUGUUUGAAGGGGAGGAGGGUUGCAGAGUUACCUUAUGGUUGGGGUUGCAGCAGGCUUGGUGGGUGGUAGUGGGGGGAAGGCACUGGGUUUUUUUGCAUUUCAAAAGUGGUAACCCUAGUGGGAGGGGCACAGGUUUCUUUCUUUUUCUUUCUGAUGAGUCUUGGAAAUUGAGCUUUCAGCUAGGGAAAGAUUGAUCUUUGUGCUACAACCACUUUAACAUUUGUCACUGACUGAAUCAAGAUCUAUCAAAGAAGGACCUUCCCUAUAUUUUGGACAUUUGCAGAGCUCUAAUACAAUUCCAUGAUCCCAAUUACCAUAUAAAGCCGUUGGUCUAGAUAAAGCCUUAGCCUUCACUGUGGCAAAGGGGAAGCCACUAGAAAGGCAAUAUCUCCCCAGUGGAAUAGGAGCAGACUCUGGAACUACAUGCUCAAACUGCAUGGUGUUAAAAGCUGCAGGCUUACACCAUUCAAGGAACCUGAGGACACUCCAUGAGCCAACAGCCUUGGUGGCUUCUUCCAGCUGAACAGGGUCCUAAAUUAUUUUUUUUAAUAACUGCUAUUAGUUACGCCAAUCCACACACUUGCAUGGGGCUGCUAGAUGACCUGGUUUGCUAGGGCAGUAAAUAUGAACUUAUUUUUCUGUCUGAGACAAGUCCAUCAUUACUUUUCAUACUAAAAAGCCUAAAUUAAAUUAUUAAUCUAAAUUGUCAUAUACCUUCCUUCCGAAAUUCCAUUGCAUGCUUUAAAAGAAAUGAAAUAAUUGAACUAAUGAGCUAGUUUUAUGCAGAGUCUGUUCUAUUAAAGAGAUUUCAGAGCAAACAGCUAAAACUACACAGGCGACUGCAUCUGUUACAUAAUCUCACUUGUACAGCACGUGUUUAUCUGAUUUAUCAAAUGUGCAUUCUAUGGGCCUGAUUCUUCAUUGCCCUGCAUCUUGUAUAGUCAUUUCUAUCAGUACAAAAUUGGUGUAAAACACAACCAUUGUAAUCCGGUAGUGUUUUACACUCAUGUUACACCGAUAUAAAUGAUUAUCCACAGUGCAAAGCAUCAGGUGCGAUACCUUUUUUCUCCUUUAAGCAAAUAUGAUCUACUUUAGGAACUAGUAACUAGUUCCUUAAAUAAACAGAUGUGUAAAAAAGAAGCUAUUUUCCACUGACCUUUCUCUACAGCAUGAAUUUAAUUUACUUUCCUUUUCCUCUAAAGUGAUUCAGUCCACCUGACCUGUCCAGACAACUGAUAUCUAAUUUUGUAUAAAUAUUGAGGAUCCUUAUUUGAAUUUACUUAUGGCUUACAUGCUUGUUAACUUUAAUACUAGAGGGGGUGGGAGUAGGAAGACAAUAUGUACAUGACCACACCAAGGUGAUGUAAAAUUUGGAAAGAAUUGGCUCAAAUGAACAUUUUUUUACAGCCAUAUCCUGAAAGUGUGUAAAUUUUUAAAUCUUGGGGGAAACCCUUGGUACAUGAAAUAAAGCCACCCCCACCCUCCAGUCAUUUUAUCUUGUGUAAUUAGAACUUCCUCUGCAGAUCAUUCUUAGCUCAAUAACCUCGGAAACGUUAGAAGGGAUAAAAAACCUCAAAUGAAUGUGCCUAAAUAUGUUCUUUAACAUAAGCACUAAUAUGCUUUCCUUCAGACAUCUGGCACACCUGUCUUCCUUUUGCAUGCUUUGUUUUUUCCUUAAGUGAAAAUAUUUAUUGUAGCCACUGCAAGGAAAAUCCCAGUGUUCGUUAGGUUUGAGUUCCCCUACGACCUCUUUAUAGUAUCUCAGGGUAAUAAUUUACACAGUGUGUUAUGUAUCUUUGUCUUAUUUGAGAAUUCCCCUUCAAAACUCAAGUGCUAUCAAAGAAAUGAUAGUAUGUACUGGUCUUCUCCUAAAGCAUUUCCACUCUGGGUGGCUUAAAAAUAAGUAUUUUAAUCUUAUCACUUGAAGGUAUAGGGCAGGGGUCGGCAACCUUUCAGAAGUGGUGUGCUGAGUCUUCAUUUAUUCACUUUAAUUUAAGGUUUCACAUGCCAGUAAUACAUUUUAAUGUUUUUUAGAAGGUCUCUCUCUAUAUAUUAUAUAACUAAACUAUUGUUGUAUUGUAAAAUAAACAAGGUUUUCAAAAUG